GCGAAGAGAAGCCUUUAAGAAGAUCACAUUUUGGAAAGAGACUUUGAAGGAAGAAUUCUUACUAUCGCCGAAAUGGUUCUGCAUUUAAAACGUAACCUCUGAGGACAACACAUUAAAUCACCAAAGUAAACUUAAAAUUUGUGACGUGAUUUUUCCUUGGGUCAUUCGCGGAGUGAAUUGCACGCCAGACUGAUUUCACUUUCGGAUUUUGGAGAUGUUCCUGUCCAUGUUCAGUCAUUUUUCGGUGCUGGCCACAGCAAUCACUUCUAUACUAUCCGCCUUGCUGUUGCUCGCUGUAUCCCGGCAACUAUGGACGUUCCGGUGGACAAUCACACGGGAUAAGGAGUGCAAACUCCCCCUUCCAAAAGGUUCAAUGGGAUGGCCACUCGUAGGAGAAACUUUCCACUGGCUGUUUCAGGGGUCCAGCUUUCACAUCUCUAGAAGGGAGAAGUACGGAAAUGUGUUUAAAACUCACCUCUUAGGGAAACCUGUUAUCCGCGUGACAGGCGCCGAAAACAUACGCAAAAUACUUCUCGGAGAGCACAACUUGGUGUGCACGCAGUGGCCUCAAAGUACCCGGAUAAUCCUGGGACCCAACACGCUGGUGAACUCUGUUGGAGACCUCCAUAAGCAGAAGAGAAAAAUCUUGAGUAAAGUGUUCAGCCGCGGAGCUUUGGAGACGUAUAUUCCACGCUUGCAAGAUGUUGUCAAGUCUGAAAUCGCCAAAUGGUGUUCGGAGCCCGGUUCAGUGAACGUGUACGCUGCGGCCAAAUCUCUCACAUUUCGUAUUGCUGUCCGGGUCCUGUUAGGAAUAACCAUGGAGGAGGCUCGGAUCAACUACCUCUCCAAAAUAUUCGAACAGCUAAUGAAUAACCUGUUUUCACUUCCAAUCGAUGCGCCUUGGAGUGGUCUUCGUAAAGGUAUCAAAGCCCGGGAAGCGCUCCAUGCGAGCAUGGAGAAAAUUAUCGAAGAGAAAAUGCAAAAAGAGCAAUCUGAGGAGUACAGUGACGCAUUUGAUCACAUGCUGAACAGCGCUAAGGAAAAUGGAUACGAGUUAAGUACUCAGGAACUGAAGGAGUCUGCAGUUGAGUUGAUUUUUGCUGCCCACUCAACCACAGCCAGCGCCUCCACGUCGCUUAUCCUGCAGCUGCUCAAACACCCAUCCGUGGUUGAGAAAGCCAGGGCAGAGCUGGAAGCAAACGGACUUUCCUGCAGCUCGUACUGUGUAAACGGUCCCGCAACCAAGAAAGGGGGUCAGAAUGGAGAGGACAUUCCAUUAAAGCAUGAGAAGACAGAAAGAGAUGCGAACAAAAACUGCUGUACUGGAACAGAGACGACUUGCUUACUGAACAACACAGGGGCCGGUAACUCUGACUUCACGUCGGACAGCGAAGAAAAAAUAACACAUCCCUGUACCUGUCUGCCCCAUUUGAGUAUGGAGAAACUAAACCGACUCCGGUACUUGGAUUGUGUUGUUAAAGAGGUCCUCCGGUUUCUACCGCCAGUAUCUGGAGGAUACAGGACUGCACUGCAGACCUUUGAAUUAGACGGUUAUCAGAUUCCGAAAGGAUGGAGCGUCAUGUACAGCAUCCGGGAUACCCACGAGACAGCCGCUGCUUAUCAAAGCCCAGAACUCUUUGAUCCCGAUCGCUUCGGAUUUGAGAGGGAUGAAAGUAAAACCGGACGGUUCAACUAUGUCCCGUUUGGCGGCGGAAUCAGGAGCUGUGUCGGGAGGGAUCUGGCUCAAAUCAUUCUAAAAACUUUGGCCGUUGAAUUGCUUGCAACCGCCAAAUAUAAGCUAGCCACAGAAACAUUUCCGAAGAUGCUAACUGUUCCAGUUGUCCACCCCGUCAGUGGACUACACGUUCAUUUUAAUUAUCAGCGCUGCGGUUCCAAGAAAAUCUAAAAUGUAUUUCAAUGUGUCAUUGUGUAAUUUAUUAAACACAGUCAGUGAAUAGUCUAUGUCUGACGUGGUGAACAUGACGGCGUGUACCUGGUCGUUUGAAUCUAAACUCAACGAGAGAACAUGCUAUCGCACGUUCAAUUUGUACAAUAUCGCAUCUUCAUAGUCUCCAGAAAUGCGCCGCAUGAAUAAAAAACCACAAAAAAAACUUCAAAUUACCUAAAUGUGACUACUAUUAGCCUAAGACAUUAGCCUAUUUGACGAUUUUUUUUUAUUUUUAUUUUUAAACAGAACCUAUUGAACCUGGCUAAAAUUGGCACCCAGCUGCUUGCUAAGCCACUUUUAAACACAACGUUUAAUUCUUAAAUAUGACCAGUAGGCUACACUUUGACUGGUCGGUUACAAAAAUACCUUCCUUUUGGUUUAUCUACUGAGUACGGCUUAGCCAUUCCAUACCGUGAUGUAAUAUUUUGGUAAUUUAUAUUGUUAUAGUUUGUGCCACAGAUAGUCUUGUAUGACAACGCUAUAUCUAUUUACUUUCCUAAAAUAAUUUUGUUGUAUAUGUUUGUGUAUAAAAUGUAAUCUGUGUAGAGAAUGAAGUAGCAUGCCACAUAAGCUCUAUUUAUAGGAAAUGGCCAAGUACAGAAGUUAUUUGGACUGAAUUUUAUUUGUUGUGUUCCUUGGAAUAUUAAAUCCAAAUAUAAUUAGCUAGCUUGCUUGUGAAAUUAUCCUGAUCAAAUAAAACUAACCGUAUUAUUCAUGUGUAGGAAAAAAAAAAAAACAUACAGGCAGUUCCAGGGUUUUUGUGGUGUCAGCAUGCCAUGUAGCCAAUAAGAGUAAUCUAUUUGGCAGAUCCACCUGACAUCACCUUAGUUUGAACCCUGUACUGAUUACGGUUUAACUAUGACCAUAAAGAAAAUGUGAAGCCACGUGGUCUGAGCUCUUGUGAAUCACCAGGUGGGUGAUGACUGUGGAAUACAGAAGGAAAGACGUGAGCCAUAUAGCACUUUUUUCUCCUAUGUGGAGCUUAUACGCAGUAAAAUGUCCAGUGUUAAUUCAGCCCUAACAUAUAUCAGGGGCCAUAUGUACUCUGUAAAAGUCCAUUUAACACUGAAUGAUUUUGCCAUAUAUAUAUAUAUAUAUAUAUGUGUGUGUGUGUGUGUGUGUGUGUGUGUGUGUGUGUGUGUGUGUGUUGUAUAUAGUUUUUGUGUUCUGAUUUCAGCAUCAUUGGCAGGUUAGGGAUAAUUGUGUUUUAAUUUCUGUCUGUGUAGCUCUUUGAUGUAUGUUUGCCCUGUUACCACAUUUAUAUGUUUAAAUGUGCAGUUAUCUGUAUUAUGAUGUGUUGAUCUUAGCUAUUGUUGUGGCUGUUGAUUAGAAUGGAUAUUGUUGAAGUAUUUACAGAGAGUAGCUUAAAAUGGUGUUGUGCUCUACAUAAAUGUACACAUAAUGUACAUAUAUGUAAAUCUAAAGACCCAACACAGGAUGUUUGUAAACCUGAGCUUUCCUUGUCCUUGACAUGUUUCUGUUCUCUGAUGAACAGAAUUAACAGAAUAAUACAAACAUCCCACCCUGUUGUUAAUGCAUUGUUUUAUUAAUGACUACUAUUUUUAUUCAGACUGAAUGUAAAUUGUAAAUACUAGAAUUCAAGGAAUUUAAAUGCCUAGUGACUGUCUUUUAAUGUUUAUUAAGCAAGAAAAUUUGUAUAUAGCAGUUCUUUCACAAUGGGUCUUAUAAAUAAUGAUACGCAAUAACAUGUGAAGUGCUUAUUUCCAUCAUGUAAUAAGCCUAAAAUGCAUUUAGUAUCUUAACUGGCUGUACACUGCCAGUUUUGGCAUUGUCUUCACUGAACCCCAGAAAACGAAACCUGUAAAAGGUCACACCUUCAGAGAUUGGUGAAGUCCUGUGACAGGGUGACCCUUUAGUGAACUAGCAAACGAUCACCCUCUGACCUUCUGUAGAGGUGACGGCAUUGUUAACGAUGCGUAUAUGUCAUUGGCGAUGACGACGAAAGAAAUACCAGGCGAUCAUUAUCUAACAAAGAAGUGACGGUGCGUACAAUCUGCCAAAUGACAGUAUGCAGUCGAAACAUACUCAUACAGGUUAUUUAAAAACAAUUAAUAAAAUUAUUAUAUUAAAAGUUAUAUUAAUAUAAUUUGUAUCCACCUAAAUACAGCAAUGAUAUUUUAAUGCUGAAUAGGCUUACUCUAAAACACAUUUGGAAAGUGGUUUUAGCCCUGCCAAUUUAGAGGAAAGCUGAAAAUGUCCGUUUCCGUUUCCACAGCUCCGGUCAUCAGUUAACAUUUCAUUAUUGACUAGAGAUAUAUCUUUUGAACCAAUUACAAGAUAACGCCACACUAAAGUGUUCUGUGUUAAAUCAACUCUUAUAUAGUACAUGUGUACUCCGUUAGUUGAAUUAACACAGGGCAUUUUACUGUGUGUAAGUGGUUUUAAUUAGCUCCUGUAUGUGAUAUGUGUGGCUGGCAGUCGGAGAAUAGAUCACUGUGUAGAUAAUAAAAAUUCCUUCUGUAUUUAUUGGU